AAAACCCAAAACCCUAAUCCCCCAUUCAAAACCCCUCUCUUCCAUUUCAAAGUACAAUCUUGAAUUUUCACACACACACACACAACGCACACACACAUAUAUUUAUUCAUGAGUACACGUUUCUGUGUAUUUGUUUCAGAUUACAUUGAACUGAUAUAUAUAUAUAUAUAUAUAUAUAUAUAUAUAUAAUUCUACAUUUGAUUGUAUAGCAUUAUUUAUAUGAGUUGAAAUUUGAGACACAAAAACAAUGUAUUGUGUUUAGAUGAAUAAACAACUAGAUCAUGAAUAUUAUAGUCAAUCACUCGCCUAAUUAGUUUCGAGUAUUAAAUUAAUAUCAUCAUCAAUUCAAUGGCGGAGUUUACGCCUAAUUUGGAGAGGUGCACAUGGUGUUUUGCUGGCCAAUUUUCUUUUUGAGAAUUGUUUAGAGAGAUGCACAUGGUGUUUUGCUGGGCAAUUCUCUCCUUGUGAAUUGUACUAUUGACUAUCCUUGUUCAAUAGCUCCACAAACAAUCUGUAAACCAUCUAUCUCAUCAAGAAGAAAUGGCUGAAACAAUUCUCCACAACACUGUGACUGAAAUUCUGAAGAAGUUGGGCUCGACAGUUCUCCAAGAGAUCGCCCUGGUGUGGGUGGUAAAGGAUGAGCUUCGCAGACUCAAAAACACGGUUUCUACAAUCAGAGCAGUCAUUGUUGAUGCAGAGGAGCAGCAAUCCACAAACCAUGAGAUUGCAGACUGGUUGGAAAAGCUCAAUGAUGCACUUCAUGAUGCUGAUGACUUGUUUGAUGACUUUUCCACCCAAGUUCUUCGGCGUCAGGUUAAGACUCAGAAUAAAGGGCUAAAGAAGGUAGGCGUUUUCUUCUCAAGCUCUAACCAGCUUGCUUUUAGCCUUAAGAUGGCUCAUGAGAUUAAAGCCAUUAAGGAGAGACUAGAUGAAAUUGCAGAAGAUAGGAAAAAAUUUCACCUAACUGAGCAACCUUUAGAGAUGCGAGUUGAGAAUGGUAAAAGGGAGGAGACUCACUCUUCUGUUCAUGCAGAAAGUGUUAUUGGGAGGAUGCUGAUAAAACAUCCAUUAUAGAACUUUUAUUGGACGGUAACGUUCAAGAGAAUGUGUCCGUUGUUGCAUUAGUUGGAAUUGGGGGACUAGGAAAGACCACACUUGCACAAUUAGCAUACAAUGAUGAGGGUGUCACUAAACAUUUUGAACUUAAGAUGUUGGUGUGUAAAUUUGAUGUUUUUGAUGUGAAACUCAUUGUAGAAAAGACCAUAGAGUCUGCAACAGACGAUAAGCCUGAAAACCUUUCCAUGGAUAAGUUGCAAGAAAAGCUUAAGAGAGAAAUUAUUGGAAAGAAAUAUUUGCUUGUGUUGGACGAUGUGUGGAAUGAGGAUCGUGAGAGAUGGCUAGAACUGAGAGUUUUGUUGAUGGGUGGUUCUAGGGGAAGUAAGAUAUUAGUAACAACCCGUAGUGAAUUAGUUGCAAAUGUUAUGGGUGCAAAUUCACCAUGUCUUUUUAAAGGCUUGUCUAAGGAGGAGUCGUGGUCUUUGUUUAAGCAAAUGGCAUUCAAACAUGGGGAAGAGUCAGAGAAUACAUGUCGAUUAACAAUUGGGAAAGCGAUUGCACAGAAGUGUAAGGGAGUUCCUCUUGCCAUAAGGGCUAUAGGAAGCCUACUAUACUCUAAAGAUACAGAUGUUGAAUGGUUGCUUUUCGAAAGUAAUGAUUUGGCAAAAAUAGCUCAAGUAGAAGAUGUUAUUUUGCCAAUAUUAAAGUUAAGUUAUGAUCAUCUUCCUUCAAAUCUGAAGAAAUGCUUUGCAUUUUGUUCCUUAUAUGUGAAAGAUGAAAAGAUUGAUAAGCAAUCAUUAAUCCAAUUGUGGAUUGCAGAGGGACUCAUUCAAUCAUUGUAUGAAAAUCAACACUUGUAAGAUGUGGGAGAUUUGUAUUUUAUGGAUUUACUAAGAAGGUCCCUUUUUCAAGAUGUUGAAAGAGAUGAAUGGGGCGAUAUAAUAAGUUGCAAAAUGCAUGAUCUAGUCCAUGACCUUGCACAAUUGGUGGCAAGGCUUGAGAACUCCACUUUGAGGAAAGCAGAAAAUGUUACAGCAACAACUCGUCAUGUGUCAUUUGGUGUUUGUGAUUCAUCACGGGAAAUUUCAACCCACUUGGUCCAAGCUAACAAGUGAUGAACAUUUAUUUGGAAGAAGGAUCAAGUUUUAGAUGAAUCAGUUUUUGAAAGAAAUGUUUUAAGUUUUAAAAAGUUACGUGUGAUGGUUGUCCACAAGUUGAAGAUCCAGACCGUGCCAAGUUACAUAAGCAAACUGAAACAUUUAAGGUAUCUUGAUCUCAGUGACAGUGAUAUCUCGACUCUCCCAAAUUCUAUAACCAAGUUGCAAAGUCUGCAGACUCUAAAACUCAAUCAUUGUUACAGGCUUGUAGAAUUGCCAAGAGAUAUAAGAAAAUUGGUCAGCCUUAGGCAUCUUGAGCUUCACUACUGUCAUUAUUUGAGUGGUGUGCCGUGUGGAUUGGGCCAGUUGACCUCUCUUUUGACAUUAACUAGAUUUGUAACCGACUCAAAUGGCAGUCGGUUGAAUGAAUUGCAAAGCCUAAACAAUCUACGUGGAAGAUUAAGUAUUAGAAUACUUGGACUUGGGGACUUAAGUAGCCGACAGUGUUCAAAAAAUGCAACAACAGCAGAGGAAAGAAUGGAUGGAACAAACUACUUGGAGGAAAAAGAAUACCUUAAGAUCCUGGAAGUAUAUUUUUAUAAGGAUGAAGAUAAUCAGGUAUUGUUGGAAACCCUACGUCCACACCCGAAUCUGAAGGAGCUGAAAAUAUAUUAUUAUCAGGGAGUGAGUUCCCCAAGUUGGAUGAUGGUUGACAUUCAUUUAUUCAUCCCAAAUGUAGUCAAUAUUGAUAUAGAGAACUGGCAUAGAUGCAAACAUCUUCCACUGUUUGGGCAACUUCCUUCUCUCCAAUAUCUUAAGCUUUAUGAUAUGGAUUCUAUGGAGUACAUAGACAACAAUACUGGCUGUGGUGUGGAGACCCUCUCUUUAUUGAGUGGAGAAGCAGCAGCAGCAAGAAAAAGAGAACCAACACUAACACCAACAUUCUUCCCAUUGCUGAAGACACGCACACUCUGGGACUUGCCUAAUCUGAAGGGAUGGUGGAGGAGCGAUGCAGAAGAAGAAGCAACAAGAACAAGUACUAUUGCAAGCUUACCAGACCAACAACAUUUGAAGUCACUGCCUCAUUAGCUCCCAUCAUUUCCUACUCUUUCCACAUUAUCCAUUACUAAUUGCCCUAAUCUGGCAUCAAUCCCAAUUCUGCAACCAUGUCUUGAAGUACUACAUCUAGAUCGCGUCAGCAAGAAGCUAGUACAACAACUUCUAAUGAUGACGAUGUCGUUGUCCUCUUCAUCUUCUUUGCUUCUUCAUCUUCCCAAAUUAAAAUGUCUGAGUCUUGGGAGAAUUUACAAUCUAGUUACACUACCAGAGUGGAUAGGCAACCUCACAUCACCUGAAAAGUUUCACAUUUUUUACUGCCCCAAAUUGACAUCACUGCCCGAAGGGAUGCGUUGGCUCACUACACUCCAAGAACUCAAAAUUACAUAUUGUACUGACGUGUUAAAUGAUAGAUGCCACAAAGAAACAGGGGAAGAUUGGCCAAAAAUUGUUCAUAUCCCAAAUAUUUAUAUAUCACGAUUACAUUGACAUGCAAGGUUCACAGGACUUGGUGGAUGAAUCAUUGCUUGAAACAAAGAAGAUAGCUCAUUUUGUUCUUGGAAUUGAAAUUACCCCAGCUGGCAGCUUGAGGAGCACAUAAUUGGAUUACUUUUAACUGUCUACUUCUUCCUGUUCGUGCUUGUUUAAUAUCAAAGCAUAUGAAGUUUCUGCAAAUUUACAGAGAAACAGGGUGGAAUCUGCCAAAAGGGUGAUUACAAAAACCAUCAAGCGUGAGCAGCCACAAAAAAAUUGGACAAGGCUUAGGGAUUAUUAUCAGUAGUCUAUACUAGAUUUUGUUUGAUGAAGAUGAGUCAGGAGAAAGAAUCUUAGGCAGUUACUGGAGAUUUGUUCUCAUUGGUACUCGUGAUCAAGGCUAAGAAUUAAGGAAUGAAGCAAUGGGCUUCUCUGUGGAGCACGGAUAUUCAAUCCAGAGUGGGAGUAUAAGCUGUGAACCUUAAGACAUUUACAAGUCUAGGAUUAUCAGAUUACUGGUAAGACGCUUUACCCUUCAGCAGAUUUUUUCGAAUUUUGCUUUACAACUAAUAAUACAGGUUGUCCUCCCUUAUGGGGGAAAUGAUUGACCAACCUAGUGUCGUUUUUGUGAGUGAUUUUAUUAGUUCUCAGGCCAGAAUUUGGAUAUUCUGAGUGGUUUGACAAUAUAAGUUUACCGUAAUGCUGUGUUGCUCAAAAGUAUGGCAAGUCAAGAACAGGAAUGCUGUUUUGCUCCUCAGAAUUUUCAUAGAUAUGUUCUCUGCAACUUUUCCUUGUUUUCUGAUAUUCAGACGGUGCAUUAAACACUAUAUUUCCCUAUAUUUUGUACUGAUGUAAAGACAGUUUUUAGAAUCAGUUAUUUAAUGAUGAAAUUCACUUGAUGACAAAAGUUUAAGUAUGACCACACCUUGAAUGAGGUGAAAAUUAAGAAAAUAUUGGUUGAAGAUUACAUGGAUCUUACAAUCACUAGAGAUGCAGGACUAGAUUGCUUGUAGACUGCAAGAUCGUUCUAAAUUUUAUUAAUUUAAUACCACAACUCGACUUAAUCCUGUGGAUUGAAUCUACAUCACUUCAUCUUAGAUUCAAAGCAUAAUUCACAAGAUUAGUAGGACUCGUUGACGUAUCUUAACUUGUUUACUUCACAAAUUGUUGCAGGAGAGUGUACCACAACCAGAUGAAACAAUGCCAGACACAAUGGUGGGAAAACAGCUGAUGAAGAAACAGGUAUUCCAAAUUGUUGUUAUAAAGAAGAGAAGACUGUAGAAGAAAUCAGAGGAAGUUUUUGUGUUCUGUGCUCAUCUCUGAUCUCCCGUAUGCGUGUUCUUGCAGUCGACGAUGAUGGGUGUUCUUGUAGUCGACAAUGCCAGUAUCAGGGCAGCUUGAGGAGCACAUAAUUGGAUUACUUUUACGGUCGCCUUCUGAAGGAAGCAUCGACAGAUAUAUUCAAUCCAAAGCGGGAGUAUAAUCUGUGAACAUUGUUAAGUGGUGGACAAGACAAGCUAUUACCAAGGCAAUACGAAACAAGCUUAGGAUUAUCAGAAUACUGGUAAGACACUUUAUCCUAGAGGAGAUUGUUUCGAAUUGUGCUUAUAUGAGUGAUUUUUUUAGUUCUCAAGUUAGAUUGACAAACCUGGUGUCUUCUUCGUUUGCUUAUAUGAGUGAUUUUUUUAGUUCUCAAGCUAGAUUUUAUAUAUUAUUAGUUUGUUUGGCAAGGGAGGUAAUACGUUCUUUCAGCCUAUCAGACAAAGCUAGAGAAGUGCAUCCAAAUCCAAGUAUGGUGAACCUUAAAAGCCAGACAUUGAUUGAAUUUAGUACGUUGUUUGGGAUUUACAAAAUAGAGAUACAGGAUCUUCGUAGACACAUCACUAGGUUCUUUCAUUAUUUACACAAAAUAGCUAAAAAAUUGUGCCUUGUAUAUGCGUCAUCAUUCCUCACAUGGGCCGGAGUUUGGGGCCUUACACAGUUACUCUAAUGCAAUUAACAUUUACCUUUCCAAAAAAAAAAAAAAAAAUGGUUUUAGAAGAGUUGAGUUUUUAUUUUUGCAAAUAUCAUAUUUUUUUCUAAGCAAGAAAAUAGAUCUCCUAUUCCAUAUCUUAAGUAUAUAUGUAAUCUUUUAGUAAAAUAUGUAGAAUUAUACAGUUCAUUAAAUUCUAGGUAAAUAGAAAUCGAAAAUACAAGUUUUGGGUCAAAUGAUUUAAAAUAGAUUUUUUUAUUUUGGAGUGGAAAAUGAAAUACUUAGAGGUAGUUACAGUUAUAUAUUUUCAUUUAUUCAUAUGUAAUAGGUGGUUUUAGUAACUAUGGUGGUAAGCAUUGAGAGACAUGUUGGCAUGACCCUUAUAUUUUUUGUUGAACUCAUGCAUGAAUGCGUAUAGAUUACUGUGUAUUAUUUCCUUGGUCAAUCUGUUCAUAAAUGUGACUUUUAAGUGUGCUCUUCUUUUUCUUUGUUUAAAAUUGUGCAACUCACCUAUGUUCACAUAGAGCUUGUUUCAGAUCUUUGAAGAGACAACCACCAUGACUUCCAAUUCUUUUCAUGUCUACUUGCUUGUUGCCUACGAUCACAUAGCUAAAUCUUGUGUCUAUCUAUCUGCAUAGAAAUUUAUUGUGCACAAAUCAAACUUUACCCAGGUUUUGCAAUCAGAAAAAAAAAAAAAUUUGAAAAAAAAAAUAAUAAUAACCCUCAUCUCAAAAGGAGCAUUGUAACAACAUAAGGUUAUUUACACUGCUAAUUAUUGAGUAUGACGUUUUCAGCUACAACAAAGAGAUGAUUUACUUGAUCUUCUGCACUUACAAAUGCAAUUAAUCACCAUCGUAAAGUAGCAGCUUCAAAUUAUUAAAUGUACAUAGAACUAGGUCUAAACCUCCCCACAAUUCUUAACGAAGGUGCUGCAUAGUCCUUGAUAAAUUAAGCAAGCCAUACACAGUAAUUCUGAGAAAAAAAAAUCCCUAAACACUCACCUGUUCCUUCAUCUCGGGAGCAAAUCGGAACUUCCCACCAUCACUCUUGGCUGCAAUUCCAGAGCUCUCUCACAAUCGGACCUCUUCUCACUCUACUUUCUUCAACAAUCACACACACACACAUUACACACAUUUGUUCUUCUCACUCUACUUUUCUGAACC